AUGGAAGACGAUGAGGAGAAAUCUGCUGAACAUCCACAACCGCAAAGACAGUCUUCAGAUGCGGAGAAAUUUGGCGAUGCAAUGGCUACAGAACCGAAUAGUAUAGGAACAGAUCCCAAAAAGAGAAGAAUCAGUGAAGCAGUUGAUGUGCCUUCAUCGUCAGCUACCUCUAAUAAUACUCAGCUCCCAUCGUGGGUUGCCGGUGGAUCCCCAGCUCAUUUCGUAUCUUCGGACGAGCUAUUGAAAAUGUCGUUAGCCAUGGAUAAUCUAGCAUUGGUUCAUGAAAUUGCCAUUGAUCCAAAUUUCUCUGUUUCUGAAAUACCGGCAAAUCCUAUAGAAGCUGCUGUUAAGUGGAGAGAAUAUGUACCGCGCAUACUGGGACAUCCUUUCUGA